ACUCUGUCUGUUGGCAAACUUCAUCCCCAGGAAAUCGCUCUAGUGGUGAGUGUUUAUGUAUCCAGGUAGCUAGUAAGCUACAUGAAUUUGGAAGUCAUCUCCCUACAUUUGCCCUUUCUGCACCAGGCUAAGGGAUGAGCCAUUCCCCUGGGAUUGGUGCACAUGUGCAGGGAGCAGCCAAUGGAGUGGACACACCGGAGUCUCCAAAACUCUGUGGUGAAGAGGCCUCUCUGGUCAACAAUUCACCCACUCUGCAGCCUCUGAAAUGUGGGGAGAUAGUCUCUUGCAGGGGCCCCGAGCUCACUAUGGGGUCCCCUAUGGAGGAUGUGAACUGUGGGGGGCAGUUGGAGGAAGAGAAUGACGACACUUCACACACCUGCAACUCGGACAUGCCCUUCUUAGACACGCCCAAAUCAGAUGAUUGUUCAGAGGAGCCUCACAUAGAAGAGCCCUACUCAGAAUUCAUUAGCACAGACAUGCCCCAAAACUCCACAGAUGGGGUCCUUGACAGCUCUUUGCCUGAUGAUGCACAGAGAGUAGAGGGAGAGGGGCAGGACGAAGAAGAAGAGGAGGAGGAGGAGGAGGAAGAGGAAGAGCAGGAGGAGGAGGAGGAGGAGGAGGAGGAUGAUGAUGAUGAGGAAGACGUUCAACAGCAUCAACAAGGAGAGGAAGAAGAGCAGAACGAGGGGCAGACGUCGACGCUGCCAGUAUCCGCUGACGCUGAAGAUUCGCUUGAGCUUUCAGCAGAUUGCCCAGCAGUUUCAGAACCCCCCGCCGAGAAGCAGGUGCAUCCGCAGGAGCCCGUUCCCCGCCAGGAGCAGGAGGCCUGCCGCGGCCCCCCCCACUGCCGGGAGCCCCCCUGCCCCCCCCAUGUGAUGGCGCAGGUGCACGUGCGAAACGCACCAGAGCGGGAGCGCCUCGCGCGCGGCAUGCAGGACAGUAAGAGUCUGGAUGAGAUCAGCCAGGUGUGCGGGGGAAUGCGUGGGCGGGGGGGGCAGGCCGAGGGCCGCAGGGCCACCAUCUCCAGCGCCCUGGAACUGGAGGGAACUGUCAGCCGCGAUGGAGAGCUCACUCACUUCAUUACCAAGAACCUGGAGCACAAGAUCAGACUGAGCUCUAGACCGAGCCUGGACUCUGACUCGGAGUAUUCGGGGCGCAGUCGGGGCUCCCUGCGGCGGCCUGUGGACAUCCCGCCCAUCGACCCCGGCGUCCUGCUGGACCUGCAGAGACACACGCAGGACGUGGCCCAGAGCGUGGAGCUGAUGAUGCGCAGCCUUAACGGAACCAUCCAGAACAUGACAGCCCUGAGCGUUGGAUACAUCCAGACCUACAGGGACUCAGUGGACAGUCUGGGGGAGGCUGUGGAUAUGAGCAUAAAGGGAAUGUACACACUGAUGGCUCGCUGUGAGGAGCUGGAUCGCUCAAUGCAGCCCAUCCACACUCUGGCGCAGCAGAUCCGUGAUAUCAAGCGCACACUGGAGGCCCUGGAGACGCUUUGCAAGUAGCCCCUUUCCCAGGACCGCGCUCUCCUGACCCCCACGCCUGGGAGCUACCAUUUCCUGCCUCUACACUCCUGUCGUCCACCACCCCCUCCGGCUCAGACUGCGCCAUUGUAACCCGUGAGGAGGGGGGGGCUCUUUCUGUCUGUCUGUCUGUCUGUCUGUCUGUGUGUUUGUCUGUCUGUGCGCAGGCGCGUGUGUGCGAGUGUGUGUGCCACAGGAGCUCUCUGUGUUUGGGAAGGUCCUCGGUGCAUAGGUAGUGAGCAGGCCUCAGUGUUGCGCAGUGCCGCGCUCACAUUGGUUGGCUGUUCGAUGAGGGGAGCGGCACAGCUGCGUGUCCCGCCUGUAAAUGUGUCCCCCUGAUACGCCACUCCGAUGUCUGUUCCUCCUGGAACGCCGUCACAUGCUGGCUACCAGACUCUGAGACUCGUGCCAAUAUGAUCUCAGGUGUGUUGCUGCGGUGACAGACGCAAGGCUGUGUUCCUCUGUGACCCGUGUGUUGCCGUGGUGAUGGAUUCCGGGGUUCUCCCCCACGUGGUCCGCAUGUGUCACCACUGUGGCACGCUUAGGGUGUUUUCCUCUGUACUGUGUGUGUGUUUGUGUGUGUUUGUGUGUGUGCCAUCUGCUGGAAUGGGCUGUGCUGGAGUUAGGGGUCCAGGUACUGGAUCAGCAGGGGCUCUGUGUUGGAGAUGAGAGAUCAGCUGAUGAAGGAGGAACAGGAUCAGCAGAGGUUCUGUGUAGGAGAUCAGAGAUCAGCUGAUGAAGGAGGAACAGCAUCAGCAGAGGUUCUGUGUAGGAGAUGAGAGAUCAGCUGGUUGAGGCACAGGAUCAGCGGGGGCUCUGUGGGAGAUGAGAGAUCAGCUGGUUGAGGCACAGGAUCAGCGGGGGCUCUGUGGGAGAUGAGAGAUCAGCUGGUGGCGGAGGUACAGGAUCAGCUGGGGCUGCCUGUAAGGCCUCAGGUUCUUGACUGCACUCACUGUCCCUGUACAAUCAAUGCUAUUUCUGUAAAUAUGGUCCCUUUCUUUCCUUAACAUUUUAUUGAGUUUGUCCUGAUUGUAUAUUUUAAAAUAACACAAUAAAUUUACAAAAACUGGAAGGACACCCUGCUUGUGAUUUCCCCGGACAGUCGGCCGACGGCACUGCUGCUCCAGGCUGCGUUGUUUCUUCCUGAAGAUCGUAUAACUCCUGUAUGGGAAACGCAUUUAUGUGUACCUGUAUACUUUGAGGUCAGAUGUCAAUUAUGUACACUAAUGAGUUUGAGAAUGUUGUUUAAUAUUCAGUUUUAGUUUAUUGAAAAUACAGAGUUGGAUUUUGUCUGAACUUCCAACGCAGUUUAUAUUUCUUAACACAUUGUACAUUGCAUCCCAAGUAUUAAACUUGGCUUCAAGUUCAA